AAAGAGGCUUCGUAGGGUUUUCGGAUUCUCAGCGAUCAAGGAGGGAGGGAGGAAAAGGCUUUAUCAUUAUUAUUAUUAUUAUUUUUUUAUUUUUAAGGAAAUUUGGGUUUCAGGCGAUUUUGAUAUUAUACAGCGUUGGGUCCUUGGAAGUUGAUGGUUCAGUUGAUGAAAUCGGGGAGUCUCCGACCGGAACGUGAAACGACGCCGUGUCGGGACAAGUUGCCGGUGAAGUUGGAGAUCGAGGACUCCUUGGAGGAGGAGCAUGGUCCCUUCAACAAGCGAUCUAAGCCCUCUACCUCUUACCAGCAAUGGAGCACCGGAAACAAUGCAUACCCAAUUCCCCCUUCGCAAUACAAUCCACUUGAUGAGCCAAGCCCUUUGGGUUUGAGGUUGAGGAAGAGCCCAUCUUUACUGGAUUUGAUUCAAAUGAGGCUUUCCCAAGGGAACCCUUCUAAUGUAGGAUGCGCACCAAACAAAGGUCCUAAUCCAGGGGAUAAGAAGGAUCCGGGUAAAGGAAACAUGGCUUUGGGCACUGACAAGUUAAAAGCCUCUAAUUUUCCUGCUUCACUUCUAAGGAUCGGCCGUUGGGAGUAUGCAUCAAGAUAUGAAGGUGAUUUAGUGGCAAAAUGUUACUUUGCGAAGCAUAAGCUUGUUUGGGAAGUUCUUGAAGGUGGUCUCAAGAGUAAAAUAGAAAUCCAGUGGUCGGACAUAAUGGCUUUGAAGGCAAAUUGUCCUGAUGAUGGUCCAGGGACCUUGAAUGUAGUGCUGGCCAGACAGCCUCUUUUCUUCAGGGAGACCAAUCCACAGCCAAGAAAGCACACCUUAUGGCAGGCGACAGCAGAUUUUACUGAUGGACAGGCUAGCAUACACAGGCAACACUUUCUGCAGUGCCCGCAAGGACUGUUAAAUAAGCAUUUUGAAAAGCUGAUCCAAUGUGAUAUGCGCCUUAACUUUCUGAGUCGACAGCCUGAGAUUGUCUUGGAUUCACCAUAUUUUGAACGAGUUUCUGUUUUUGAGGAUCCUGAUGAAUCCAAAGUUGAAGGUUUUGAUCAACUGGAGUCAGUUCAAGGAUCCACCAUCUCUGGCUUCCAGGAUGUUGCAUCACCAACUGCAGCUCAGUCAUCUUCCUUGAAGAUUGAACCACGGGAUCCUGUUGGUUUAGCUUCAGAAAAUUUGUCCCGAGAAUCUCCUUCCCCUAGCUCAGUGAUGGAUACACGUGCGAUGGAAGGCAGUAGAAAUUGUGAGACAGACGACUUGAAGAGGCAAAGGAAUUGGGAACAGCUAAAAGUACCAGGGCUCCAUCCAUCUAUAUCAAUGAGUGAUCUUAUGAAUCACAUUGAAAAUCGCAUUUCAGAGCAGAUGACAUCUGGAAAUCCAGCCUUAAGUGAGGAAGGAGUAGAAUGCCAGGGCAUUUUGGAGGACAUUGCACAAUACCUGCUCAGUGAUUCUCAGUUUACUGCAGCUUCUGAUGAGAAAUCCCUCAUGUCUAGGGUCAAUUCUCUCUGCUGUCUUCUUCAGAAGGACCCUGGCUCGGUUCAGAACUUGCAGAUGAAUGGGGAAAGUUGCUUCGAAGAACUAGACGAGAAAAAGGAUGUUCAGCUUAACCACACUUCUGAAUCAGUGCAUGAGAACAAGGCUCCAGGUGAUAUUACGGUCCCUGAGGGGGACUCCAAGGAUGUCACUGGCUACAAGCAGGCACCAGCCAUGUCGAGGAAAGAUUCGUUUGGGGAUCUGUUGCUUCAUCUCCCGCGAAUCACCUCUCUCCCAAAGUUCUUGUUUAACAUUUCAGAAGAUGAUGAGAACCAAGCUAGGUAGUGAAGUUCUCCCUUCCCUAUCCCUGUGAAUGGAAGAUAUGCUGGUUGCUGAAUUGGACCUUAGAAAGUAUUGGGAUUCAGAAAAUUGUUUUGAUGAAGAAUCCUGAUAAAUGUUUCAUAUAUAUAUAUAUAUAUAUAUAUGCAUUAGGUAUUUGUAGUUCCAUUGUUGCUUGUUUUCUGCAUGUUAUAUAGAUGAUGUAAGAUUUCUAUUUGUAACUUAAUUGUAUUGAUCCUUUCAACCUUUGAAAAGGGGCCCCUAUUAAGUUCUUUAUGUGGCUUUGAAGAUUCGAGUUUAUGUUGGUCCACCAUG